AUGCCUCCUAAGAAGUUUAAGUCUUUAGAUGAGUUUUUGGAAGAUCAGGCUCCUCCAAAGGACCAGACACCUUCGCCUUACGGUGGGUACUUUAAGAACCAAGGUGCACCAGCUCAGCAGAGAUCGUAUACUAAGAACUACAAUCAAGGGUACAAUCAGAACAAUGGUCAGAAUUAUAAUCAAAACUACAACCAAGGAUACAAUCAAGGGUAUAGCCAAGGAUAUAAUCAGAACUACAAUCAAAGUUACAACCAGGGUUACCAAGGGUACCAGGGGUACCAAGGUUAUAAAUCUAAACAACAAUCACCAAGUGUUGUCUCACCUCAAGGUUCCAACACUCCUACCCCAUCUCAGUCGACCACUUCUUUAACUUCUUUAGCUACCAAUUUGGCAAAUAUGCAGCUAUCGCCUAUCUCAGAAUAUCUCAGUGCUAUCGGAGAACAAACCAGUUUAGUUGAUGUCAAGAAACAGAUUAAAUCCAUUGUCAACGUCUUUAACGAAGACGGAAACUCUGCGAAGCAUAUUGAGGAUUGGAAAUUAGCGGAAACGAUUACUAAAUUCAUGAAGCCAAAAAAUCCCAAUUUGGUUCGUGAGGCAGGUAUGCUUUUGAUUUCAUCUUUAGCUUCGAGUUUCACUGGGAAGAAUCCACAAGAAAUUUUCUUCUUACCAUUAUUACCCGUUGCGUUGGAUGCUACCAUUGAUAAAGAAUCUACUGUCAAGCGUGCGGUGCAACAUGCCAUCGAUAGUAUAUUUGUUGCUUUCCCCAUCGAGGCACAAACAAGUGUGUUACUGCCUGAAUUAUUGAAGUACUUGACCGGAAGUGCUAAAUGGCAAUGUAAGUUGGAAGCUUUGAAAUUGGUUGACAGAAUUAGAGAAGAAUCUCCAAACGAUUUAUUAGAAUUGAGUUUCAAAUCUACGGUUCCAAUUCUAACAGAUAUGGCCACAGAUUUCAAACCAGAGUUGGCCAAGCAAGGUUAUAAGACUCUAUUGGAUUACGUCAAGAUCUUGGAUAACUUGGAUCUACAGCCCCGUUAUGACUUGAUUGUGGACACUUUGCAAGAUCCACAAAAGGUCCCAGACUGUGUUAAAUCCUUAUCCUCUGUCACGUUUGUGGCAGAAGUGACUGAACCUGCUCUAUCGUUGCUCUGCCCUAUCUUGACUAGAUCUUUGAAUUUGUCAUCAUCAUCGCAAGAACAAUUGAGACAGACUGUCAUUGUCAUUGAAAAUUUGACCCGUUUGGUCAACAACCGUAUUGAAAUUGAAGCUUUCAUCCCACAAUUGAUGCCUGGUGUUCAAAGAGUGUUGGAUACAGCUUCUUUGCCAGAAGUUAGAGAAUUAGCUGAAAAGGCUUUGAUUGUUUUGAAAGAAGAUUCUACUGAUGAUGGUAAGUUCCCAGGAAGAAUAACCCUUGAACAGGCGGAACAAUACUUUGAUCAAAUAUUGUCUAAAUUAUCUGGCCAUGAGUUGCUGCAUGAUACAACUGUCAAGAGCUAUUUGGCCAAAAUUUUACAAUCUGAUUCUAACGUCAACGAUUGGAAACGUUUGGCCGAAUUCUUCACCAUGAUCUUAGGUGAAGAUUCCGCAGAAUUUAUAGAGAAUGAUAUCGUCAACGUUAUGAGAUCUGUUUUCCAUCAAGAACGUAAAAAGACCGAUGAAGAUGAGGGUAUUGAAAUUGUCAACACUGAUUUCUCAUUGGCUUACGGUUCAAGAAUGUUGUUGAACAAAACUAACUUACGUUUGCUAAAGGGUCAUCGUUACGGUUUAUGUGGUAGAAAUGGUGCCGGUAAAUCCACUUUGAUGAGAUCUAUUGCUAAUGGCCAAUUGGAAGGUUUCCCAGAUAAGGAUACCUUGAGAACCUGUUUCGUUGAACAUAAAUUACAAGGAGAAGAAGGUGACUUGGACCUUGUUUCUUUCAUUGCUUUGGAUCCUAUUCUAAAAGAUGUCUCCAAAGAAGAUAUCUCUAACGCCUUAGAAUCCGUUGGUUUUGAUGAUUACAGAAGAUCCCAAACCGUUGGAUCGUUAUCCGGUGGUUGGAAAAUGAAGUUGGAAUUGGCAAGAGCUAUGUUGCAAAGGGCAGACGUUUUAUUGUUAGAUGAACCUACCAAUCAUUUGGAUGUUGCUAACGUGAAAUGGUUACAAGACUACUUAUUGGAACAUACUGAUAUUACUUCCUUGAUAGUUUCACAUGACUCUGGUUUCCUAGACACCGUGUGUACCGAUAUCAUUCAUUAUGAAAACAAAAAGUUGGCUUAUUACAAGGGUAAUUUGGCUGAUUUCGUUGAGCAGAAACCGGAAGCUAAAGCAUAUUACACUCUAACCAAUUCCAAUGCUCAAAUGCAUUUCCCACCUCCAGGUAUUUUAUCUGGUGUCAAAUCUAAUACCCGUGCUGUUGCUAAGAUGACGGAUGUCACAUUCACUUAUCCUGGUGCUUCGAAACCAUCUUUAUCCAAUGUUUCAUGUGCUUUAUCUUUAAGUUCUCGUGUUGCAAUUCUUGGUCCAAAUGGUGCUGGUAAGUCUACUUUAAUCAAGCUUUUAAACGGUGAAUUGCUUCCAGAUUCUGGUAAAGUUGAGAAACAUCCAAACUUAAGAAUUGGUUACAUUGCUCAACACGCUUUGCAACAUGUUAACGAGCACAAAGAAAAGACUGCCAACCAGUACUUACAAUGGCGUUACCAAUUCGGUGAUGAUCGUGAAGUUUUAUUGAAAGAAUCCAGAAAGAUCAGCAGCGAUGAAGAAAGAAAAAUGUUUGAAAAAGAAAUUGACAUUGGCGAUGGCAGAGGUAGUAGACAAGUGGAGGCCCUUGUUGGUAGACAAAAGCUAAAGAAGUCUUUCCAAUAUGAAGUCAAAUGGAAAUGGUGGUUACCUAAAUACAACUCUUGGGUCUCUAAAGAAAAAUUGUUGGAAGAGGGUUUCGACAAAUUGGUCCAGAAAUUCGAUGACCACGAAGCUUCUAGGGAAGGUUUAGGUUACCGUGAACUAACCCCAAGUGUCAUUACAAAGCAUUUUGAAGAUGUGGGUUUAGAUUCAGAAAUUGCCAACCAUACACCUUUGGGUUCUCUAUCCGGUGGUCAAUUGGUUAAAGUCGUUAUUGCUGGUGCAAUGUGGAAUAAUCCUCAUUUGUUGGUUUUAGAUGAACCUACAAAUUAUUUGGAUAGAGACUCCCUAGGUGCUCUAGCUAUGGCUAUUCGUGAGUGGACUGGUGGUGUUGUUAUGAUUUCGCAUAACAACGAAUUCGUUGGUGCACUAUGUCCAGAACAAUGGAUUGUUGAAAAUGGUACUAUGGUCCAAAAGGGUAUUGCUGAAAUUGAUCAAAGUAGAUUCGAGGAUGGUGGUAACACAAACGCUGUGGGCUUAAACGUGACCAAAACAAUUACUGAUGACGACUCUCCAGCUAAUAUCAAGGUUAGACAAAGAAAGAAGAGACUCACAAGAAAUGAGAAGAAAGCUCAAGCCGAACGUCGUAGACUACGUUACAUCGAAUGGCUAUCAUCACCAAAGGGUACACCAAAACCCGUUGAUACAGAUGAUGAAGGAGAUGAUGAUGAUGAGUAA